AUUAAUUGUGAGAUGGAUUCUAUUGUUCUUGAAGAUCAGCCUUGUUCCUCUAGCUCCACCACUUUUGGGGUUGAAGGGGAUGGUGGUGGUCGAGCAAUUGACCGUCAUAACCCCAUCAUUCGAGGUGAAAAAAGACUCGGUCAUCAAGGCGGCCAUAUACUAUUUCCUUCUAGCUCUACUAUUACCAUCACCUCCACCACUUGUACAACGGACCAAGCCUACCUUGACGACCUCCCUAACCUUACACCUGAUCACGUGGAUAGCGGCGAUCACAAGAAAAAGAAUGUUGCAUAUGCUGCUGAGGAUCAUAAUGAGGUUAUUAAUAACCCGGAAAGCUCUUCAAGGUUCUUGUUAAGUCAUGAUGACGACGCUACGUUCAAUUACUCAUCUUCAGAUCAUCAAUUGGGUCAUAUUUCGCAGCCACCACAACCUCAUGGGCCUCUUGAUUCACAAAAGGGAAAUCCAAGUAAAAACAAAUUAGAUGAUGAUCAUUCAGUAGUCCUGCCCUCUUCUCCUCCACCCAAACCUCUGAUAAUGGCUAAUAAUAACAAUUAUGAGGCUUCCAAACACCGCGACAACUCAAUGUUUUCUGCUACCCCUAAAUCACCUAAUUUGGUGUCAGUUCCGCCACCACAGCAACCAUCGCCUCCCUCUUCCCACCAAGUUGUGGUCCUAGAAGUAUCACUGCACUGUAGAGGUUGUGAAAGGAAAAUGAAAAAACAUAUCUCCAAGAUUGAAGGGGUAACAUCCUUCAAAAUAGAAUUUGCGGCCAAAAAGGUGACGGUUGUCGGAGACGUGACACCGCUAGCGGUUCUAACUAGCGUGUUAAAGGUCAAAAAUGCAAAACUAUUGACGCCGGCAACUAUAUCAUCAUGAUACGAAUACGAUCAGUUAUCACUGUUAAUUAUAUAUAGCAUUAUAUUAUUUGUGUUAUACAAAAAUAGUAAAUCAAGUGAUCAAUCCUGGUAUAGUGGUAUCUCAGUUUUCUACUACGUACGUACAUACAAGUGAAAUAUGUACAUUUUUCUUCUUAAUUUAUUAGUCAUGGAAAGGGUACAUUUUCAUCACUAUGUGAAUAAAGUGUUA